AUGGAUCUUCAAGGGCUCCUGCUCUGCCCUAAGCUGCAAGCCUUCACCCUCUAUUACAAGACCAAGCUCAGUGUCCAUAACUUAACCAUCUUUGACAUGAUAUCACACAGUGCAACAAAUUACCUGUGGCAUGAGGGUGAAGCUGGUCUUUCUGCCAAUGAGUUUGCUUCAUGUGUCGUGCAUUAUCUUGAAGCACACCUAUUGUGUAAUGAGUACAUCCUGUGGAGCGAUGGAUGUGGCUACCAGAACCGAAACCUGCAGUUAAGCAACGCCCUCCUCAGGUUUGCUAUGGAAAAGAAGAAGCCAGUGACACAGAAAUACCUUGAAAGAGGCCACACCCAAAUGGAGUGUGAUUCUGUGCACAGUGUCAUAGAGAGAAAACUGAGGCACAGAGAAAUUUGCAUACCAGCUGAGUAUGCAGCAGUGAUCCGUGGUGCUCGCGUCAAUCCCAGGCCAUACAAGGUGAGGUACGUCAACCACACUUUCUUCAAGGACUUCCAGCAGGUGAAACUCUGCAAGUCCAUCUGA